AUGAUUAUGUUUUCUCUUUUUGGAAAGAUUUCUCUGGGUAUUUUGAUAUUUGUCCUGAUUGAAGGAGACCUUUCAUCAUUUACUAGCAAAACCUUCUUAACUUUAGCCGAGAUCCAGGAACCCAAGAGUGCACUAUCCUUUCUCUUAUCUGAAGAGUCUACAGACCCUGCUCUGCCAACGGAAAAGCAACAGCCUCUGGACCACAGAGAAGCUGAGAGACGGUCAUUACUCAGAAGGAGGCGAUCUAUUCUGUUCCCUAAUGGAGUGAAAAUAUGCCCAGAGGAAAGUGUUACAGAGGCAGUAGCAAAUCAUGUGAAGUAUUUUAAAGUCCGAGUGUGUCAGGAAGCUGUCUGGGAAGCCUUCAGGACUUUUUGGGAUCGACUUCCUGGACGUGAGGAAUACCGUUACUGGAUGGAUUUGUGUGAGGAUGGAAUCACAAGUAUAUUUGAAAUGGGCACACAUUUUAGUCAGUCUUUGGAACACAGAAGCUUAAUCAUGAAGAAACUGACUUCCACAAAGGAAACUAUAAGCAGCCCUGAAUUGUCAUCUCCAGUUCCUUUUGGCCACACUUCAACAUUAGGAGGCGCUGCUCUAGGUAUUCCAUAUCCAGGAGUGGCCUCCUCUGAAGGUGCCUCAGAGAGCAGUUUGGAGAGCAAGGAGGAGAGUAUCAGCAAUGAAAUUGAGAAUGUGAUAGAUGAACCCAAAGAACCAGCAGCUGAACAGAUUGCAGAAUUCAGCAUCCACCUUUUGGGGAAGCAAUACCAGGAAGAACUCCAGGAUCCCUCCAGCUUUCACUACCAGCACCUUGUAGAAGAGUUUGUUUCAGAGGUUGAAAAUGCAUUUAUUGGCUUACCAGGCUACAAGGAUAUUCGUGUACUUCAAUUUAGGUCCCCCAAGGAAAAUGUCAGUGGCCUGGAUGUUCACUAUGAAGUUACCUUCAAUGGUGAGGCCAUCAGCAAUACCACCUGGGACCUAAUUAGCCUUCACUCCAACAAGGUAGAAAACCAUGGCCUUGUGGAAUUGGAUGAUAAGCCCACUGCUGUCUAUACAAUUAGUAACUUCAGAGAUUAUAUUGCUGAGACACUGCACCGGAAUUUUUUGCUGGGGAAUUCCUCCUUGAAUCCAGAUCCUGAUUCCCUUCAGCUUGUUAAUGUGAGAGGAAUUUUGCUUCCACAAACUGAAGACUCUACCUGGAAUAUGCAAAGUCCAAGCCUUCAGGCACCACCAACACCUAUUCUGGAUAAUGCCCUUCCAGCUGAAUGGCCUUCAGCAGAUGAAUCCACAACCAGCAGUAUUUCACCAAUUGAUUUCAGCUCUGGGCCUUCCUCAACCACUGGCAGGGAACACUCGCCAGAAAGUCCAUUGGGUGAUUUAGUGUCUUCACCUAAAUUAGCCUUUCCCUCCAAGGUGGGCCUAAGUUCUUCCCCAGAGGCCUUAGAGCUCAGCGGCUUGACUCUGCAUUCUGUCACCCCAGCAGCGCUUCACACUGAUUUGCCUGUGGCUCUUGAGGAGGGGACUUCUGGAUCUCACUUGUUAGAAGAUGGAUUAGCCAAUAUUGAAGAGUCAGAAGAUUUUCUUCCUAUUGAUCCAUUGCCUUCAAGUUUAUUGACUCAACCUGUGCCAAAAGAAACACUACUGUCCAUGGAAGACUCUGGUGUGACCUUGACAUCCUCACCAUAUAUUUCCUCCCCUGUGACAUUAGAUCUUCUUACUAAAGAAAUAACUAUACCUUUUGUCUUAGAUUCCUUGGACUCCAAAGUCAAAAGCCAAUUAGAAGUGAGCCCUUUGCUGCCAGAAACACCCAUGGAAAAAGAGUCCUUAUUUGAGAGUGGUUUUGGUUCUGGGUCUGGGCAGAUGGUGGAUCUAAUUACUUGGCCAUGGAGUGAGAUUUUGUUAGAGAAGAGCACAGAACCACUGUCCAAGUCAUGGCUUGAAGAUGAGGAUUCUCUUUUGCCAACUGAGGGUGUAGAUGAAGAACUAGUCAUAGAUGGCAAAAUGAUUUCCACAAAUCAGAUUGUUGAGCAUUCAGAAUAUGCGCAUGAUAGAGCCACAAACUUUGCAGGAGAGCUUCUUGGUGGACCUACUGUGUCCUUCUUUUCAGAGACUGCAACCCAGCCUGCAUCUCCAAUCCUUCCUGAACACACAUCAGAGGUACCUGACAUUGAUCAUGGCUCUGCUACAAAAGCACCUCUUCUGCUGCCAUCUGUAGCAAUAUCUGCUCCUACUGAUCAAGCAAACCAAGAUGAUUUCUUAAAGGAGGAUAUGGAGAAAAUUACAGAGUCAUCCAAACAUGAAGAGUUUGAUAGCAAGAUUUCAAUGGUGAAGUCAGAUUUGCAAACUUUGUGGACUGCCUUGCCAGAAUCAGAUAUAAUUUGGGAAGGAACAUCUUCUCUAUGGAAAUUGUCCAAAGACACAUUGGCAAGUACACCACAGAGUACUGACAGACUCUGGUUGAAAGCUUCCAUGACAGAGUCUAGCAAAUUACCUCCAACCACGAGCUCCACCCUGCUAGAGGAUGAAGUAAUUGUGGGUGUACAGGAUAUUUCAUUAGAACUGGACCGGGUAGGCACAGAUUACUAUCAGCCGGAGCUAAUUCAAGAGAAAAAUGGCAAGGUUGGUAGUUAUGUGGAAAUGUCUACAAAUGUUCACUCCACAGAGAUGGCUGUUGUGGCUCCACCCACUAGCGGAGGUGACUCAAGUUAUACCCAGAUGACAGGAGCUUUGGUAGUUUUCUUCAGUCUCCGAGUGACUAAUAUGAUGUUUUCAGAAGAUCUGUUUAAUAAAAACUCUUUGGAGUAUAAAGCCCUGGAGCAAAGAUUCUUAGAGUUGCUGGUUCCCUAUCUCCAAUCAAAUCUCACAGGGUUCCAGAACUUGGAAAUCCUGAACUUCAGAAAUGGCAGCAUUGUGGUGAACAGCCGAAUGAAGUUUGCCAAGUCUGUCCCUCCUAAUGUCAACAAUGCUGUGUACAUGAUUCUGGAAGACUUUUGCACCACUGCUUACCAAACCAUGAACUUGGCUAUUGAUAAAUACUCCCUCGAUGUGGAAUCAGGUGAUGAUGCCAACCCUUGCAAGUUUCAGGCCUGCAAUGAAUUUUCUGAGUGCCUGGUCAAUCCUUGGAGUGGAGAAGCAAAGUGCAGAUGCUACCCUGGGUACCUGAGUGUGAAUGAACUGCCCUGUCAGAGUCUCUGUGACCUGCAGCCUGACUUCUGCUUAAACGAUGGAAAGUGUGACAUUAUGCCUGGGCAUGGGGCCAUUUGUAGGUGCCGGGUUGGUCAGAACUGGUGGUACCGAGGUGAGCACUGUGAGGAGUUUGUGUCUGAGCCCUUGGUCAUAGGCAUCACCAUUGCCUCCGUAGUUGGGCUUCUCCUGAUCUCUUCUGUUAUCAUCUUCUUCCUUGUCAAGACUUUUCAAGAUCAGAAUAUCAGGGGAGAAACAGAGAGGCCUUUUAGUGGCUCUAGUAGGCAGCCUGAUAGCCUCUCAUCCAUCGAGAAUGCUGUGAAGUACAACCCGGUGUAUGAAGGCCACAUGGCUGGAUGUGAACAUUACGAGGGACCCUAUCCUCAGCAUCCCUUCUACAGCUCUGCUAGUGGAGACGUUCUUGGUGGUCUGAGCAGAGAAGAAAUCAGGCAGAUGUAUGAAAACAGUGGGCUUUCCCAAGAGGAAAUUCAAGAGAGAAUGAGAGUUUUGGAACUGUAUGCCAAUGAUCCUGAGUUUGCAGCUUUUGUAAGAGAGCAUCAAAUGGAAGAGCUUUAACCACAACUCCUAAGAUUAGAAGCCUGGAGAAGAUGGAGAUCACUUGCUACCUAUGUCAUAUAAUUAAUCUGGAUUUUAAACCCUGUUGGAAGAAGAGUUUUUUUCCCUUAAUUAUUAAAAUUUAAGUGUGGGGCACUCAAUUUUUUACAGCUUAAAUUUUCAGGAUGUAGCAACAGGCAUGACCAUUUUUAUUUACAUAAAUCCAAGAGCUGGUUUAAAGAAAUUAAAAACUGCAUGAGUAGAAAAAGACUGAGGAUUCCACGAUGGCUGAAUAGAGAAAAGAUGUGCUGCUUUAGGUGGGAAAAUAGCAGAAAAAAAGCAGAGGAAGUACAUUCCCAGGGGAGAGUUGGAGAGAAGGUUGAGUGGAAAUUCUACAGAGGGAAGAGGGACUCUGUGGAGCAGCGUGGAAGGUGACGAUGUGCAGCAGCGAGUGCGGAUACCACACAUGAUCUUGCAGCUGGGAACUAGAGGACAUGCCAGCUUUGGAGAGCAAGGUGAGAGCAUACUGUGGUACACUAUGCCAUUGGUGAUACUGCCUGAGGGAGAGCCUUAUGGACCACCCUAUCUUUGAGUCUGGCCUGGAGCCCUAUCAGGGGCAGGGUACCCACCUAAUCCAGUGAAAGAAAAGCAUAUUUCUUUCUUCCCACUCCCCAACAAGGGCAACUGGCAACUGGCGGAGAGAAGGUGACAUUUUUACACAAGUAGAGGCUGCGGUGGCUCUUGUGCAUGUGAAUAAUUAGGGUUUUUUUACCAAAGGGAAAAAUCCACAUUCCCCAUUGACUUUGAUUCUGGCUGGGAGGAUUAACAGGGGACUGGGCUUCCAAGCAGGACAGUGAGUUGCCCCAGCAUCUCAACAAAUCACAGGCUCCAGGGCUCAAACUGCCAAAGCAGAAAACCCAUAGGCAGUAGGCUCUGGGAACAUCUCUGCUGUCUCCAUGGAUGGGGCAGGCUAGCAGGACAGAGCAGAUCCUCUGCAUCCCGUGACAGUGGGAAUCCUGUGGUUGCAUGAUGGAGUGUGGUGUGGGAUGUAGCUGGGUCUAUAGGCAAUCAGUGCAUCUGGUGUCAGCAGAUCAGAACUCCCUGACUAUUUGGGAUGGGUCAUUGCUGAGGGUUCCAUGCUCACACUGAGGACUGCAUGGAUCCUUUGUGUGGUUCAUGUGGCAGCACAGGUGAGAGUUACACCCACUGUGGGCUAACCCCAGGCAUUGAUCACCUGGGAAGAGAAGAGUUGAGGGUGUGAUUACUGCAACAGAGAUAACUAACAGUCAUUUUG